AUGGUCGAGCAACACGAGCUCUCCGCUCUCCCCGCCCCCUUCGCUCCAGCACACACCAUGCUGGCCAACGACGACGAUGAGCAUGAGCAAGCUACGCCCACCUCGCGCCUGCACACACGCACGCUGCUGAAGCUCGACUGUGUGCUGCUGCCCUUCCUCGCGCUGCUCUUCCUCUUUAACUCGCUCGACAAGUCCAACAUUGGCAAUGCGGAAUCCGCGCACUUCACCACCGACAUUGGGCUCGGCAAGGGCGACCUCAACACGGCCGUCGCCCUCUUCUUCGCCUUCUUCGUCGCUCUGCAACCCGCUGGCGCCGCGCUGGGCCGCAGGUAUGGCAUGGUGGCCUGGGUGCCGUCGUGCAUGCUGCUGUGGGGACUCUGCACGAUGCUGCACGUCUGGGUAAGGAGCAAGUGGCAGCUGUAUACGCUGAGGAUUGUCAUUGGCUGUCUGGAAGCUGGCUUCUACCCCGUCACCGUCUCCUACCUCUCCCUCUUCUACACGCGCUUCGAGUUCGGCCGCCGCCUCUCGCUCUUCUACGGCCAGGCGGCUGUCGGCGGUGCCCUCGGCGGCAUCAUCAGCUACUUCGUCUUCAAGCACUUCCCGGACCGACAUGGCGACGACGCCGACGUGGACUCGCGCUGGCAGUCGUGGCAGGUCUUGUUCCUGCUCGAGGGCGGUCUGACGGUUGUCGUCGCCCUGGUCGGCUACGUCUGGCUCCCGCACAGCGUCGAGACGGCCUGGUUCCUCUCGCCUAAAGAGCGCCGCUACGCUUCGUCGCGCGUCGUCAAGGACCGAGCGGCGCAGGAAGGAGGCACCGCCAGCACAAAGCACCGUGACUCCAACGACGAGCUUGCGCACGACGGAGAGGCCCGCGGCCUGCUGACCCCCGCCCACCCCGCGACAUCCGCCUCGGCAACGCUCGACGACCGCGGCCUGAGCCCCCACGACGUCCUCUCCGCCCUCGUGUCCCCGCGCAUCUGGCACCUACUGGCCUGCAACAUCCUCUCGGCCAUCCCCGUCUACGCCUUCUCCGUCUUCCUGCCUCUCGUUCUUGCUCCGCUCACCGGCCACAAGGCCUCGCCCUCGCUGAUCAACCUCCUCACUGCACCCCCGCACCUCUGCGGCGCCAUCACUCUCUACCUGUUCGCCUCCUACAGCGACGAGCACCACACGCGCCUCCGCCCUAUCCUGGUCGGCCUGCUCAUCAUGGUCUUGGGCCUCUCGCUCGUCGUCGCCCUGCCCACCGCCUGGCCCAUCCCGCGCUACCUGUCCCUCAACAUCCUCAUCUCAGGCGCCUACAUUGCGAGCCCACUUACCGUCGCCUGGAUCAGCGGUAACACACCCAGCCCCGGCAAGCGUGCGCUCCUGCUCGGCAUCAACGGUUGGGGUAAUCUCGCGGGCGUCAUCUCUGCUUUGCUCUUCUCGCCCGCCUUUGCCGACACGGGCUAUCUCGUCCCUUUCUUCUGGACCCUCAUCUGCGUCGGUUGCUCGGCAAUUGGCUAUGUUUUGUUUCUGCGCAGUCUGACGCGCGAGAAUGAAAGGCGGAGACUGCUCGUCGACAAGUGGGACAGCGAGGAGCGAGAGCGCGAGAGACUCGAUGGCAUGGGACCCAUAGUCCAGAAACGCCGUUGGGUCAAACGUCUAGUCGUAGCCAUCCGCAAGAGCGAGCUCAUGCCUGGGUUGGCCGACUGGCUCGAAGAGGCUGUGCAAGGGGGCAGACAGGGCGACGAGAAGAUGACGUUUGUGUACGGUCUUUGA